AUGGCUGCCGACUACUCUACUCGUCUCCAAGCUGUUCACCAGAUCAGGCCUCAGUCGCCCUCUCCAGCAACUGGAACAGCACGUUCAGCAUUAGCCAAAGUCCAGCUUCGAGCUUUCUCCUCCAGAAUGGUCUCUCACUCUGUCAACAAGACCGCUCUCCACCCGGGUGGUGUCGAGCCAACCCGCGAGCACACCGAACUCGAAGAAGAGCUCCACACAACUGCUCACAUUGACUACGACCGGGUUGCCAUUGUUGCCAACCCAUCAGUUUCGGCUCUCUAUGAAGAUGCCCUGGUCUACGAAACCGGCACAGCCAUUACAUCCUCAGGAGCUUUGACAGCCUACUCAGGGUCCAAAACCGGUCGUUCCCCGCUGGAUAAGCGUGUGGUCAAGGAGGAAAGCUCGGAGAAGGAUGUGUGGUGGGGACCAGUCAACAAGCCCAUGACUCCAGAGGUCUGGAAGAUUAACCGAGAACGUGCUGUCGACUACCUCAAUACCCGGAACCGAAUCUAUGUCAUCGAUGGCUUCGCUGGCUGGGAUGAACGAUACCGUAUCAGCGUCCGAGUUGUCUGCGCCCGGGCCUAUCAUGCCCUGUUCAUGCGGAACAUGCUCAUCAGACCCUCUCGUGAAGAGCUGGAACAUUUCCACCCCGACUAUGUCAUCUACAAUGCAGGGUCCUUCCCCGCCAACAGAUACACAAGUGGGAUGACCAGUGCCACCAGCGUUGCCAUCAACUUCGCUGAGAAAGAGAUGGUUAUUCUCGGUACUGAGUAUGCGGGUGAGAUGAAGAAGGGUGUCUUCACCGUCCUCUUCUACGAGAUGCCUGUCAAGCACAACGUGUUGACGCUUCAUUCGUCAGCUAACGAGGGUGAGAACGGCGAUGUCACUGUCUUCUUCGGCCUGUCCGGCACUGGAAAGACCACGCUCUCUGCCGAUCCCAACCGCAAGCUGAUUGGUGACGACGAGCACUGCUGGUCCGAUAGAGGUAUCUUCAACAUUGAAGGUGGCUGCUACGCCAAGUGUAUUGGCCUGUCUGCGGAAAAGGAACCUGAUAUUUUCAACGCCAUUCGUUUCGGCUCUGUGUUGGAGAACGUCGUCUUUGACCCCGAGACUCGGGAAGUUGACUAUGACGAUGCGACUCUGACGGAGAACACUCGCUGUGCAUACCCCAUCGAGUACAUCGGCAACGCCAAGAUUCCGUGUAUCAGCGAUAACCACCCUAGCAACAUCAUCCUCCUGACCUGUGAUGCUCGUGGCGUGCUGCCACCAAUCUCCAAGUUGAACACGGCCCAGACCAUGUUCCACUUCAUCUCUGGUUAUACCUCCAAGAUGGCUGGUACUGAAGACGGUGUCACUGAACCACAAGCUACUUUCUCAUCUUGCUUCGCUCAACCUUUCCUGGCCCUCCACCCGAUGCGCUACGCUAAGAUGCUAGCAGACAAGAUUUCUCAGCACAAUGUCAACGCAUGGCUGCUCAACACCGGCUGGGUCGGUGCGGGUGCUAGCACUGGAGGCAAACGCUGCCCAUUGAAGUAUACCCGCGCUAUCCUGGAUGCCAUUCACUCGGGUGAGCUCGCAAAGGCCGAAUACGAGAAUUACGAUGUUUUCAACCUCAGCGUCCCCAAAGCGUGCCCCAACGUGCCGGAUGAGCUCUUGAACCCCAAGAAAUCGUGGACCGGCUCAGCCGACUUUGGCGACGAAGUGACCAAGCUCGCCAAGUUGUUCAACGAGAACUUCAAGAAGUAUUCGGAUGAGGCCACCGAGGAGGUCAUCAAGGCCGGCCCCACGGUGUAG